AACAAAGAUUAAAUGUUAAACUACCUUUCCGUCAAAGAAAAAACGAAUUUUUUUCUUCCGGCUGAUAUGGCCCCACACAUCAUUCUCGAGCCCCCUCUUCCCCGGUACGGCCCUGGCGAGUGAGUCUCCGCUCCGAAACAAGGCUAACUCGAUCGUCAGUGCGAGCCGGCUCUCUCACCUGUUGAAACAAACACCUGACUAUCGGUCGCACGGGACCACAAUUUAUUUUCUGCCGCCGCGCGUUCACCGAAUUUCGAGCGGUAAACAGAUCUGACGUCACUACUGACAGCUGACGGACUAUCGAAGUGUCAAGUGUCAAGUGAGCAACAGGUGGCUCGGUGCGAACGCGGUAGAAUUGAAGCGCCGAUAUGUCAUAUCAGUGAUUGGAUGGUGCCUAUAUUUUUCGACAGCUCGUGUGGAUUUUCUGUUCCUGAUUCAGUGAUUUCGUAUUGUUUACGUUCAACGUCGAGGAUAUUCGGAUAAAGUUGAUAAAUAUAAAUAGUUGGAAAAGGAAUAUUCUCAGAUAUAAUUAUGAACGUGAAAAAAUAAAUAUAUAUAGAAAGAAAUACAUUGAGAAUCCGCAUUCUCUAUGUGAUGAAAAUAUCAAUCCUUUCUCGGUUUAUUCAACAGAAAACAACAACUUUCCGGGCUAUACGCCACGACGAACAUUGAAUUACAUCUCUUGGACAUACACGAUGAAAAUUUGAAAACAAAAUGUUCUGAAGUAAAGAAUUGCAUUCUCCUUCAUAUACAGAUAUGACGUAAUAUCAUUCUGAAUAUUCAACUUCUUGGCUAUUUGCCAUGUCGAACAUUGAAUCAUAUCUGUUGAAUAUCUAAAAAGAGGAUUUCCAUUUUUUUUGCUCUCUUUUUGGAUGUUCAACAGAUAUAAUUCAAUGUUCGAUAAAUAAAUUGUCCAAUGAUGAAAAAAGGAAGGGCAAAUAAUUGUUCUAAAUGCGAUCCAGAAGAUAGGCGGAACAGGUGAAAUUUGUAACUUUAUAGUGAACGAAAUAUCUUGAUCUUGAUAAAUAAUGGUUUGUUCACAUUUUCAUCAUCAAAUUCUUGUUUUUCAGACACGAAUACACAAAAAUUCAGAAUUUCUUUCCACAUCCUGUAUGAUGAAUGUCAAUUUAUCAUACAUUUAAAAAAAAUACAGUUCAAAAAAAAUUUCGAAAUAUACAAACCAUCGCAUGAUGCAGGUUUACCGAAUCUUUAAUUAUUUAUUGAAUUAGAUAUUGCUAUUUACGAGGGUGUCAAUGUAGGUUUAUGAAAUAUUUCCAAAGAUUAUGAGAAUGUUUGAGAAUGUUUGAUACUUCUUGAGUAUUUAUGAGAAUAUACAGGGUCGGGUCAGAUUCGGUUAGGUAGGAAUUCAACAGAUUACAGAUGCUACGAUUUUGAGAUAGAAAUUUCCUAUAAACAUAUACGCGUGAGAGCCUGUUUUUCGAUAUACAGUCGGUAAAAUAUGUUUCUAUCUUUUUUGUGGUUUUCAAGUUUUGCCACUGAGUUUCAGUAACCCAUCUUAUAAAAGCUUUCGAAUCAUUCCAGGUAUAGUGUGUCCGAAAAAUAGAUAAAAAUAGAUAAAAAACGCCUCGUAGUCCUGAAUAUUGAUUUUUUCGAGUUUGAAAAUAGGUGUACCAAAUUCCGAUUCAUUAUUUUGAAAAUUGUAGGAAAACACGGAAAACACUUGAAAAAUCUCAAUCUUUGACAACUUGUGAAUAUAUGUUCAAAUGACAUUUUUAUCCUUAAAAUCUUAUUCUUCGAACUGUUGAAGUCCUGCUACAAAGCACUAAAUCACCCUGUACAUGACAUUAUCUCAAGAUCCUCCAGUUUUCAUAAGAAUUCAUGAGGAUUUAUGAGAAUUCAAUGAAAAUUCAUCAGGCAUUGAAGAUACAAAAACUGCACAGAAAAUCACAACGAUUUGUUCCUUGUCCCUAUGAGAUUUGUCGAUAUCAUUCUUGAUUCUUGAAAAAUAUAGGCACACCAUAAAAAGUGGUUCGAAAAGUGUUCAUCGAAGAGUGAUUAGUACACCGCGAAGUGAAACGACAAAAACCUAGUGAUUCCCCCACCAAUUCGAUAACCAUGUCGAUCUACCACUUCAUGAAAAACGACUCUCAACCGAGCCCAUCGAAGCGGUUGUUCGUGCAGGGCGCGAGGAGCGCAGGCGCACCCUCUAGGGAAUCCUCCCCCCUACCAGAAGACACCCUUGAAGCGGUAUACACGAAGAAAAAACUGUCCACCGAAGUGUUGGGCAGCUCCUUCGAAUCCACCAAGACCACCAAGAUGGGGCAGGACGGCAGAAGGAGGAUAACGACGAAGAUCGUGCGCAAAGUGACGACUUUGGCGCGUGGUGAAGAGCAGAAAAGGGCGGAAGGGUUGCUGAAGAAAGGGGAGGCGAAAAGGGUGGAGGCGGCCACGGAGGUGGCUAGGAACGUCGGCGCGAUCGAGCCCAAACGAGUCAAGAUAUCGGACAUCGUGGUCGGACAGGAACCCAACGUUUCGGCCAAGGACUACCUCCUCAGGUGGGCGCAGCGCACCACCAAUCGCUAUCCCGGGGUCAAAGUGCAGGACUUCAGCAAAUCGUGGCGCGACGGACUCGCUUUCAGCUCGAUCAUACACAGGAACAGGCCAGACCUGGUCGAUUUCAGACAGGCCAGGCAGCAGAGGCCUAGAGAGCGCAUGGAGCAUGCCUUCUACAUAGCCGAGAGGGAGUACGGAGUUACCAGAUUGCUGGAUCCAGAAGAUGUGGACACUCACAACCCGGACGAGAAGUCCCUCAUCACUUAUAUCUCGUCGUUGCACGAGGUCUUUCCAGAACCACCCGCCAUCCACCCGUUGUUUGACUCGGCCGCCCAGCAACGCGUGCAGGAGUACCGCGAGAUCGCCUCCUCGCUCCACAUGUGGAUCAGGGAAAAGUACUCGCUUAUGCAGGACCGCUCCUUCCCCGCCACCCUGAUCGAAAUGAAAAAACUGGCCGCCGAAUCGUCCCGUUUCCGCACCGACGAAGUCCCGCCCCGGCAACGGGACAAGAACUACUGCGCGCAGCUGUUCAAGGACCUCGAGCGGUACUUCGAGAGCGUGGGCGAAGUCGAGGUGGAGCCGGAGCUGCACUGGGACAACAUUGAUCGCGCGUGGCAGAAGCUGAUGGCGGCGCACCAGGACAGAGACAGGCACAUAGCCGAGGAGAUCAAGCGGUUGGAAAAGAUGCAAAGGCUGGCCGAGAAGGUUCACAGGGAAAUCAAGCAGACCGACGCGAACCUGGAUACCAUCGAGCAGGCGAUCGAAGGCGAGUCGCGCCGCCUCGACCGCCUCCACCCACUGGAGGCGAAGAAAAUGGCCGACCAGAUCGACCGGGAUUUGGCUCUCGCUGAGGGCAACGUCCAGUCGCUGAGGGCGGACGUAGGCGUUCUGAGGGCGGGAAGGUACCCGCAGGCGGGCGAGCUCGACAAGCGCGUGCUUAAGCUGCACGACAGGUGGGUGCACCUGCGGCACCUGUUGCACAACAAGAUCGUGGGGCCGCUGUCCAACAUGAGUUUCCCGGUGGAGGAGAGGACUGUCACCAAGCACAUCCGGACGGUCCAGGAGACCAGGAACGUCGAAACCAAUCCGCAUUUCAGAUCGUUGCAGGAGCACAUCGAGUGGUGCAAAAAUAAGUUGAAACAAUUGAAGAAGGCAGACUACGGCACCGAUUUGUCAUCCGUGCAGAACGAAAGGGACCUCCACCAUCGCGAGCACAAGCACAUCGACCAGUUCCACUCUAAAGUGGAGAGUUGCGUCAAGGCGCGCCAAUACUUCUCCGGCGAAGAACUGGCUCUCUACAAUCAGCACCUGGGCCAACUGCAAAAGGUGUACGCCGAACUGCUUUCUCUGAGUACCAGCAGGAUGACGGACCUCGAGACGCUGCUGGACUUCAUACAGUCCGCCACCAACGAGCUGCAGUGGCUGAACGAGAAAGAAGAGACGGAAGUGACGAGAGACUGGAGCGACACCAAGAUAGACGUGCGAGCCGUCGAGAAAUAUUUCGAGCAUCUCAUGAGCGAGCUGGAAAAACGCGAGAUCCAGUUCAACGCCGUCUUAGAGAGAGGAGAAUGCCUGGUGUUGCAAAACCAUCCGGCCACCAAGGCGAUCGAGGCCCACAUGGCGGCCAUGAACGCCCAAUGGGCGUGGAUACUGCAGCUCACCCAUUGCCUCGAGACGCACUUGCAGAACUCCAGGAACUACCAGAUGUUCUUCGGCGACAUCCAUACUGCCGAAGAGUGGAUCAAAGAGAAAGAAGAGGUCAUGAACGGCGACUUCAGCCAGGGCGAGUUCGGACUGGACGCGGGCGAACGCCUGCUGCAGCGCAUGCAGGCGCUCAGAGAGGAGCUGAGCGCGUUCGGCGAUCAGGUCCAAACGUUGGGAGAGAGAGCGCAGGACGUGGUGCCGUUGAAGCAGCGCAGGCAGCCGGUCACGAGGCCGACAGCCGUCACCGCCAUCUGCAAUUACAAGCAAAACAAUUUUGUAAUCGAGAAGAACAAGGAGUGCACUCUGACGGACACCUCGGGCCGCACCAAGUGGCGCGUCCACAACGCCAAGGGCGUGGAAUGCCAGGUGCCAGGCGUGUGUUUCGUGCUGCCGUCGCCCGACCAGGAGGCGUUGGACGCCGCUGAGCGCCUGCGCAGGCACUACGAUCGCUCGCUGGCGCUGUGGCAGAAGAAGCACCUGCGCAUGCGCCAGAACAUGAUCUUCGCCACGAUCAAGGUGGUCAGAGGUUGGGACCUGCCUCAGUUCAUUGCCAUCGGUGCCGAACAAAGGAACGCUAUUCGAAGGGCCCUAAACGAGGACGCAGAUAAAUUGAUGGCCGAAGGAGAUCCUACUGAUCCGCAGCUCAGGAGAUUGAGAAGGGAGAUGGACGAGGUGAACAGACUGUUCGACGAGUUCGAGAAACGGGCAAGGGCCGAAGAGGAGAGCAAGAACCAAACGAGAGUAUUCAACAGCCAAAUCGCCCGCUUGCAAACGGCUCUGGACGAGGCGGAGCGCGUCAUCAACCAGCGCGUUCUCUCCCCGCUGCCGAGAGACGUUGACGCGCUGCAGCAUCUCGUGCUCGAGCACAAAGAAUUCGAAGCAAGGCUGCAGAAUUUGGAGCCGGAAAUCGAGCAGGUCAAGGAUACGUUCAGGUCGAUCACGCUCAAGACUCCGCAGCACAAGAAGGACCUCGAGAAGGUCCUCGACAAGUGGAAGCACAUCCUCAACACCAGCGACAUCUACGUGGAGCGUCUCAAAUGCAUCGAGAUCGUCCUCACGGGCAUGGAAGACGCCUCUCAAGUGCUCGCCGAGUUCGAGAACAAGAUGGCGCUGUUCGACGACCUGCCCGCCACCGCCGAAGGCCUGGAGGCGGUGCACGAUGAUCUGCUGAAGCUGGAGUCGGCAGUGGGGCAGCAGCAGAUCGCCAUGGACCAGCUCAAUGACGAUUUCGACAAUGCGAGGAGGUUGACUGAGAGGUCAAGGACGGGUCAGCGGGGGCAGCAUUCUGACGUGGAGCGGUUGGACAAGGAGGUGCAGAAGCUCAACGCCAGGUGGAGCAACGUCUGCGCCCAGCUGGCCGAUAGGCUGAGGGGUUGCAAACAGGCGUACGACUUGUUGAAGAACUACGGACAUGCUAAGGAGAUCGAGGAUUCUUGGUUGGACGAGCAGUAUGGGAAGCUGGAAAACCUGCAGCCUAUCAAGGAGAGAGCCAAAGAGCAUCUGGACGCGACAAGGAACUUGCUGAACAGCGUCGUGGAACGCACCCCCAAAAUCGAGCAAGUCAACAUCAACGGAGGUAGAUUCAUAAGAGAGGGGAAGAUAUGGACGAAGGCGGGCCAGAAGUUCCGCGAGGCGCUGCUGGCGGAUCAGCCGUCGCUCGACGGCGACGCCGCAUUCAGAUCAGGCGCCGCGACGCCCUCGGGCGCAGACGUGGUGGCUCGCGAGCUGGACGACUUCAACGAGCGGUAUCGCCACCUGGUGGACUUUUUAUAUGGGAGGAUGAAGGAGAUCGCAGGCAGGUGCAAGGGAGACAUCGUCACGCUGCGACUGGUUGAGAAAAUGCAACCGCAGCCAUUCCGGACUUUCAGAUCAGAAUUCCACAUGAGCAGUGCCAGUGAACUGACCUCAACAUACACUACCACCACUCAUUACAGUAAACAGUAUGUCCAAACGACGAAAACUUCGCGAUCAGAAAACGGCACCACCAUCAAAAUAGCCGACGAUCAGAACAGCAACAACCGCUUCCCCGACGAAGUAGACAAAAGCCUUAACGGUCGACCACCCGACAAACAUACCACCCUCACCCACAUCAUCCAAGAGCCACAGCCUUGGUCGAACACCCUACAAUUCACCGAAAUCAAAUCCCUCAAGAGGGUGCACAAAGUACACGAAGGGAUCGGCACUGAGAACGUAAUCGACAGUCCCGGAAUUCUCAACCCCUACAACGGUAAGAUAAUGACCAUAAGGGAAGCCAUCUCCGAGAGGAUAUUGGACGUGAGAAGUGGAAAGGUGGUCAUCUCUUCUGACGGUUCUCAAGCUACCAUAGACGAAGCGCAGAGGGCAGGCAUGAUGGAGGCUAAAAUAGCGGAAAGGCUGCAAAGCCCCUGCGGGAUAGAAGAAGACGGGCGAGAUCUGACGCUCCUAGAAGCCAUCCAGCGGGAAAUAUACGAGGCCGAGCACGGGUUCUCGGACCCUUCGGAGAAACGCGUCAAGGUAAACCAUUCGACAAGCAUCAGUCAAGCCAUAGAUGACGGCAGGGUCGAUGUGAAAUACGGCACUUACACGCUUGACGACGGGGAAACCAUCGACCUCAAGGAGGCGUACAGAAGAGGCUACCUUCUUCAGCACACGGAAGUCAAAUUGCAAACGGGCGCCGUACCGCUGUCGGACGCGAUAAACCAAGGCUUGAUCGAUGACAAAACCGGCUGGAUCGUGGACAGGAACUCGGGCAACAAGUACCAAAUCGACGCCGCGGUCAAAUUCAACGUCAUCGACGGUGAUAUCCGCGAAAUCGUCGACCCCAAGACCGAUCACAAAGUGACGGUCGUGCACGCCUUGGAGAAGAACCUCAUCAACCCAAAGCUCGGCAAAUUCAUACUCGGGCAUGAUAAACUGAGCUUCCUCGAAGCCAAGCGACGAUUGCUCAUCGUCAAACCCAAAUCUCUCAAAGAAGUCGUCGAUGACAACGCGAUAGACGAUACCGGUAAAAUUCUCUCCCCGCUCCACCAGACGAACUUGACUCUUUUGGAAGCCGCAAAUCGCGGCGUCCUUGAUUUAGACUCGACUAAAACUAUUUUAGACCACCGGACGAACGACUACAUCACCUUGGCCGAGGCUCUGAAAGAGGGCAUAGUAACGGCCGACAGCAAGUUCAGGAACUCGGUCACCAACGAGGUAAUCACGGUUCAAGAAGCUGUCGGCAGGGGCUACAUAAUUUCCGUGACAAGGAAGUCGAUAUUCGACGUGGACGGGUUCCAGCCGCCCGACAAGUCUGACCAUAUCAGCUUCAACGCCGCCUACGCUAAAGGCUACAUCAGCAAAAACCAGAACGGGAGUCUUUUGGUUAACACGACCAGCGGUAAGUUGGUUCCGUUCACGGAGGGUGUUAGCUCGGGAGAGGUGAAACCAGAAGUAUUAGAUAAUCUCACGCGCCCCAUAGGCAUCGUGGAGAACCAGCGGGAGCUGACCUUGCUGGAAGCCGUUUUCCGGGGUCACAUAGACCCGAAAACCGGCAACAUCGUUGACCUGAACACCAACAAAAUCGUCUACCUCAACGAGGCCAUCGCACAGCACAUAAUAACGCCAGUAGGUGCCGCCUUACUGAACAGUCUACUCAAUCUGAAUGUUUCCACUAAAGUCACGCGUACGCUCGUCCAACGAUACGUCACGGUUACCAGCAAAGAUGUGCCGCAAGAGGUCAUUACGUACACGGAAGCUCUGAGGUUGGGAUCGAUCAAUAACGAGCGGCAAACGUACACAGAUCCCUUGACCAAAGAGAACAUUCCCAUCGUCCAGGCAAUAAGUCAAGGUAAGCUGGUGCCUGACAAAGAGAGUUCCGAAAAAGUACUCUUAUCGGUCGCAUCGAAAAUUUCUCACCCAUCAGUGUCUGACGAUUUUAUUAGAAACGAAAAGAAAUACGUUGAGAAGGUGCCUAGCGAAGGAUGGUCGCUGACAAAUGCUAUCGACAGGAAACUAUUCGAUCCUGUGACGGGGUUGUUUAUCAUCCAUGGCACGGAUCGUUUGGUCAGUUUCCAAGAAUGUAUCGCCUUGAAGCUCAUCGAUUCUACAUCGGUGACUGUGUUUGACCCAAAUACAAAACGCAAAAUCAGUAUUACAAGAGCUUUCGACAAGAGACUGAUAGAUGCGACCGGGCACUAUGUAAUCAACGGUGAGAAGCUCACGUUGCAGGAUGCCAUAAAGCAGGGAUAUGUUUCGUUAGAAGACAAAAUGGAAGUCGACGAACCAGUCCAGCUAGAAUCAGGAGUUGUAUACGAUCCGAAAUCGAAUAUGGCUACACUUUCCCAAGCCUCAGAUCUCGGCAAUGCAGUCCUAAAUGAAAAAGUAUCGCCUGAUUCAGUCAAAGUAAAGGAUCCCGUUUCAGGUAAAAGCAUCCCCUUGAUCGAAGCCAUUGAACGCAACAUCAUCAAUCCGAGCGAUGAAACUUACAGAGAUAAGUCCGGUAAUCUUAUUUCUCUGCAAGAUGCUGCUAAAGCUGGGAUUGUUACAGUUGUUGGAGCUCCAGUGCUCGCUACAAAAGCUGUCAUAAAUAUAGUGAAAACAAUGUUUGUUGUCGAUUCGAAAACAGGACAACAAAUACCUGUAGAAGUUGCUCUAAAACAUGGACUGAUCGAUCAAAACACCUACGAAGCUCUACAAGAACAAAGUCCAGAUCAUGUACCACACAGCAACGCUACAAUGACAACACAAACACACAGUGUCUUACAAAUCAAAGAUCCCCAAACUGGGCAUUACCACAGCGCAGAAGAGGCUCUGGCGCGAGGCAUGGUCACACCUCAGCAACUAGAGGAACUAGUACCACAGAAACCAGAAACAUCCAAAAUCAAAACGCUCAGUACAGCUUCUAUUAGCUUAGACGAUACCAGUGCCCUUUCGGAAGCUGAUAAGACCAGAGCAAGAAUAACUAUCGAACCGACGUACAAAGUGAAAAUAGGCAGAGCGCAAUCUCUGAGUCCCGAAAGAGAAGCGAAGCGGGUAGUGCUACAGAAGCUGAGGCGAAAAAUCGUGAAGCCCAAGGAAGCUCUGCAAACGGGUAUGAUCGAUCUGGAAACGGCCCAAAUCCUAGAAAAAAAAGAGCUUUUCACCUCCGCGGAAGGCGACAAACUCACUCUGCAAGAAGCUCUGGAAGCACACCAACUGGAUGGCAAACAAGGAAAAAUCGUUGAUCCCCAACGAGGAGACAUGCUGACGAUUAACGAAGCCAUCAGCAGAGGCAUUUUGGAUCCUGAUGGUACGAACGAACUACUGGUGCCUUUGAAUCGAAGCCUUUCGAUUCCCGAACUGCUCAAACAGGGUCUAAUCGACCCGGAAAGCCAUAAGGUGGUGCACCCAGAAACCGGAGCCCAUUUGAGCAUAAGCGAAGCUAUAGUCUGUGAUAUUAUCGACCCUCUCAGUACUUUGACGGAAAAGUCUGGAGACAAAGUGACUUUGGGUCGAGCUCUAGAGACUGGAGUGGUCGAUGACGAAAAGUCGAUUGUGGAGACUGAUAGAGGUAGCUUAGAUUUACAGGAAGCAGUGAAAGACAAGAUAUUCGACGAGACAGUGCCUGUGGGACCGAUGGAUUUGCCUCCUGCUGGCAUGACCUUCCCCAUUGCUGUGAAAAGAGGGCUAGUGAAUACAGAAACUAAAGUGAUUACAAAUCCUGUCACGAACGAAACCAUUCCAUUAAGCGUUGCUAUCGAAGACAAUUUUAUUAUGACCCUACCAUUCCCGACUAGUCCUCAAUCGAUAAGUAUCGACAAUGCUUUAGAGUCCAACUUGAUUGACGCUGAAAAAGCUACUUUUACAGAUCCCAAGACAGGCGAGGUGUACCCAGUGUCUGAAGCGGUGGAAAAUGGUUUGCUGGUACUCAAAGAACCACAAAGUGUCUCCUUUACAAGCUCAACUCCAAUCACAACUCUCACAGAAACCAUCAACACAAUUCACACCGUCACGACUACCACUAUGGAAAUUUUAUCGGGAUACGCCUUGUUGAAUAAAAAAGAAGUUCAAAAUCUCGAAACUGGUCAGAUUAUGUCAAUAGAAGAAGCUCGGCUGCAAGGCAUCGUCAGAGACGUCAACGAAACCAAAAACAAAACCAUAGUGAAAGACAUCAAGAUGAGCUUUUCGGAUGCCUUGAACAGGGGCUUGGUGGACAUGAACGCUGGUAUAUUCACGGAUCCUAGUUCCGGUGAGAAAGUGACGAUCCAACAAGCUCUUCAGGAAGGUAAACUGUCUGCUGUACCAGAAGUGACUCAGCACACGACACAGAAGACUACGGAACUUGAUAUCGCGGAAGCUUUCGAAACUAUUUACGAUGAGAAGACAAGCACUUUCAGCGAUCCUUCAGAUGACAACAAACAGCUGACGUUCAAAGAAGCUGUGGAACGAGAAAUAAUCGAUCCCAACAGUAUGGUGUACGAUGUCACUUCUCACAAACCUGUAACGGUUGAACAAGCGCUAGGUAAGGGCCUACUGGACCCGAAAACUGGUAAGGUUAAAGAUCAGAAAUCUGGGAAAGCUAUCGAUUUCAAAGAGGCUACAAAGAAAGGGUUGAUUGCCGUAUUGGGAGGCUUAGCGGCACCUGUGGUACUGCCAGUGCUUGCUGGAGCUGCUGCGAUCAAAUCUAUUAAAGACUACGCUGAAACUAGAAAACAAAGUUCCUCUGAAAGCACGAGUGUCCUCACAACAGAUAUCUCGCAGAAGAAUUUGAAACCUAUUCCCAAACCUGUUGAUUCUGUAGACAGGCCCGAAGAUCUAAUUUAUACAAAGAGAAAUUUGAAACCUGUCAGCAAAGCUAGCGAUGAUGAAAUAAAAGAGGAAAUAACCGUCAUUAUAGACGAGCCGGAUAAUGUGAUGAUAAUGCCACUGGGAGAUGCCAUUACACAAAACAAAAUCGAACCGAAAAUUUGCCGGAUCCUACGCAACAACAAAGAGUUAUCUUUCACCGUCCAAGACGGUUUGGACCAGAACAAAAUCAGUCCUCUCGAUGAGGUUCGGAUCAUUUCCAAUCAUCAAGUCGUAUUCACCGAAGAAUACCCGACAGCCUUGUUGGCCAUUUCGAAGUACAUAACCGCACAAAAAUUGCUCGAGCUAGGCUUAUACGACCCGAGAGCUCGCAUGUUCGUCAACCCACAAACCGGCAAUCACAUAACCUUCGAAGAGCUGGUUUACGGCUUGAGAGUUUUCGACCCCGACUCUAUCUUAGUGAAAGACUCGACUAAGAAACCAGCAAUUUAUAUCACGCUAGAGGAGGCUUUGAAUAGACCUUUGAUAGAUAAGAACACCGGGUAUAUGGUAGACCCGAAGACAGGCAAGAAGGUGCCCUUCUUCGAAGCUGUCAAGAUGAGGUGGAUCAUACACGUGAACGAUAAGCCGAAAGAGAAGUAUCAACCGUUGACCUUACAAGAAAUCGUAGAAACUGAGGAGUUCGAUCCUGUGGAUGUUACCGUCACCGUGGACGGUAAGACCUUACCGCUCAUCAAAGCUAUCACUUCGAAUUUGGUAGAUGGCAAAUCUAUAACCAUUAGGGACCCUAAGAACAUGCAGCUAGUGCCUUACUACGAGGCAGUAGACAGAUCUAUAGUGGAUCCUCAGAGGGGGUUAGUGGUCAACACGGCUACCCAACAAACAAUCCUGUUUCCCGAAGCAUUCGUGAGAGGCUUCGUUCUCGCCAUGCCAAGACCGAUAUCUCUUUCUGCUGUCAUCCACAAAGGCAUUUACGAUCCUGAGUCAUGUAGUAUCAAAGAUCCGUUGACUAAAACACAGUUGAGCAUUGCCGAAGCUGUCGAUAGACAAAUCCUUGACGAUAAAAUAAGCGAAGUGAAGGACGUGAAGGCUGAUGCUUUCGUGUCCCUAGACGAGGCACUCAAGCAAGGACUCGUAGAUUCUCAAAGCGGUAAACUAAAGGACACUAAAUCAGGAGAGCUUGUGCCGUUGCACAGAGCUUUAGAUCUCCAGCUCAUCCAGACUAGACCGGUCGUGUUCAGCUUAUUGCAAGCAGUCAUCCAGAAUUACUACUCUGCCUGUACGGGUUUGAUUUUGAAUCCGAUAACCGGAGAUGAGAUAACGCUGCAGAAGGCGAUCGAUUAUAAACUAGUCGAUCCUGUACCGACGAGAAUCAAGGAUGACAGGCGUGGACGUAUUGUCGAGCUCAAAGAAGCAGUCAUUACCAACCUAGUUGACGCCGAGAAAGGUGUCUUGACUAACCCCUUACUGCCUCUAGAUCAAGCUUAUCUGAGAGGUUAUAUACUCAGUACAGUUCUGCCAUGGUCUCUACAGGAAACGCUAGCUCAAAAAGUGUAUGAUCCGAAAACUGGACUGUUUACCGUCAACAACACGAAUGUAACGCUAGUUCAAGCUAUUGAUGGUGGAGUAGUGAACCCUAACGUGCUAACUGUCAAAAAUCCCGAUACCGGCGACAUCAUAACUCUAAACGACGCCAUACAACUCAACCUAAUCGAUCCCGUCAAAGGACAAGCUCUCGAUCCACAAAACAACUCCGAAAUGAACCUAUAUGAGGCCUACGACAAAGGUCUAGUCGUUCCGUACAAAAACCAGAUAACCCUUCCCGAAGCCGUUUUCAAAGGCUUCUACGAUCCGGCCACUGGUAAAUUCAUAAACCCCCAGAAUAAGGAAAGACUAAAGGCUUCGAGCGCCAUCAAUCGCGGCUAUGUCGACGUUUCGUCUACUUUGGUCACCAUCGACGAGGAAAUCGUCACUUUCGAGCAAGCCAUGAUCGACGGCAUCAUCGACACCAACGAAGGCAUGCUGUUGAGCUAUAACGAACCGGUCGACUUCAACGAGGCCUUCGAACGAGGUUUGCUAGUCGAAGUGAGGCCGCCCAUACCUCUGAGCGAAGCCAUCGCCAAAGGUAUCUACGACGAGGAGUCUCAGCUGUUCUUGGACCCGCAGACCGGUCAAUACCUCACCCUCAUCGAGGCCAUAGAGAUCAAUCUGAUCGAUGCCGAGUCGGUUAGUGUCAAAGACACUCGUAUCGGCAUAUGGCGUAAGAUACCGCUGGUUGAUGCCAUUCACAACAACUACGUUGACGGUAACACGGGGUUGGUGAAAGAUUUCUCCAAGGGCGAGGCUUACGAGGUGACUUUGCAGAAAGCUUUCACGCUGGGGAUCCUGGUGGACAACAAGGCUGCGGUGUCUUUGCAGAGGGCGAUACACCAGGGUCUGUACGACGAGAAUACCGGUAAAAUACUGGAUCCUAAUACCGAGCGGAAGGUGACUUUACACGAGGCCAUACGCAAUUUCAAUGUGAACCCGCUGCUACCUUGCUACUUCAAUAGAAGAGAAGGUAGGCUUUACAACCUGACGGAGACGUGCCGGCAAGGCAUCAUCGAUAAAUGCAACGGGACGUUCAGAGAGCCGCAUAGCGACAAAAGCAUCAAGCUAUCGGAAGCGAUGAGUUCGGGGCUGAUAGUGGACAUUGAAUCCGCCAAUUUCGGUUUAUACGAAGCUCUAGAAAUGGGUCUAUUUGUGCCAGAGGAAGGCGUCUUUGUACACCCGGCUAGCGGCCGGAAAUAUAACCUCAAAGAUGCUUGCGAGAACGAACUGAUCAACCCUGUCACGUCGCUAGUCAGGAACAGCAAGCAAAACAAAUACGUACAACUACCUGUCGCUAUCGAGACCGGGCUCAUAGACGACCAACUAGGCCUUUACGUUUAUCCUCAUGGCAAAACCGUCGAUUUGAUGGAAGCUAAGAACAAGGGUUUGAUAGUCACUUCUCGCUCACCUCUCUCUUUGGAAGAGGCGAUUAGGAACGUGCUGUACAGGCCGGACUCCGGUAAAGUAGUGGACCCAGUUACAGGGGAAUUCUACGAUUUGUCUCAGGCAAUCUCCAAAGGUUUCAUCGAACCACAAACGACUGCUUUGAAGGACAUGACGAACAACUCGGUCAAAUCGCUCUUGAUGGCUAUCCAAGAACAUAAUAUCGAUGUCGAGAAGGGUAGAGUUCUGGAUUCGAAGUCCAAGAAGACGUAUAACCUUGACGAGGCUUUCAGGAAGGGUCUGUUGGUUACUGUGGACAAACCUCUCAUUGAGGAGUUCGAGCAGAGAGCGGUUGUAGAUUCAAUGGCGGCGCCUAAACAGACUCGCGAAUGUAGCUUAGAGGAAGCCAUCAAGUUCGAACUGAUCGAUCCAGAGGUGGCGGUAGUCAAGGACUUCCAAACCGGGCUAUUCAAAACGGUUGCUAACGCAAUCGCCGACAAACAACUCGACAUGACGAAAUUAGUGGUGUUCGAUUCGUCUUCGAGCAAAGUAAAAUCUCUCGUGGUCACUUUUGAUCAAGGCGUGCUGGUCUACUUGAAGGAACCUCAGACGUUCAUUCAAGCCAUCGAAAAUAACUGUUUAGACAUCGCGACGGGUAAGUUUUCUGUUCCGCAAUCCGAUCAGGUUUUGACGUUGAAGGAAUCGUUCACCCUUGGUUUCAUCGAUCCAGACACGGCGCUCAUCAAAGACUCCAACAAAAAGAAAUUGAUCAAGCUUCCCGAAGGCUUUAGAAAGGGCCUCAUAGAUUCCGAGAAGGGUAACGUCUUGGACAGCAGUACCUCGAAACUUUAUAGUUUGUCUGCCGCUUUGGACAGCGGCUUGCUAGCCACUACUAAUAGAAGCUUCACUUUGAUCGAAGCUGUUGUUUAUGGUCUGUAUAAUCCCACUACUGGGUGUUUCAACGAUCCCUUCGUCACUACUAGCAUCAUCGACAGGAGGAAGAUCACGCUGUCGGAGGCCAUUUCGGAAAACUUGAUUGAUCCGAGUAGUACUGUCGUUAAAGACACAGAGAAUGGUUUGAUAGUGCCUCUGUUGCAGUCAAUAGAUGCUGGGCUGGUUGAUGCUGUGGCUGGGAAGCUGCAGGAUAAAAAUGACAAUAAGUAUAUAGAUCUAGCGAGGGCGCUCGAGAGGGGGUUGAUUUUGCCAGCCGAGGAACGGCAAGCCGUAGAGGAGAAGUAUAAGCUUUGCGACGACACCUUGUCGAAGCUGCUGCACUGGAUAGGACAGGUCGAAGACCGUAUCGCCUCUCAGGACGUCAUCCACGAGGUGGAGGAGGAGCUCAGGAACCAGAUCAACAUCAUGAAGCAGGUCAAAGACGAUCUCGACCAGCAUGCCGGUCCUGUGGCCCAUUGCGGAGAGCAAGUCAGACAGUUGGUAUUAACUGCAGGUGACAUCCUGUCGAAAAGCGAAGUGUCCGCCCUGGAAAAGUCCGGUCGAAACCUGAAAUCUCGCUACGAGAAAUCCGUAGACAGAACAGACAAACUUCUGCGACGCCUUCUAGCCGCCAGGGAAGAACUGGGCAAGCUGCGCGGCGAGCUCGCCUCCUUUUCGGGAUGGCUCGCGCAGUCGCGCCGCGUGCUCGAGGACAAAGAGCGCUCGCUGAGCGACCUGGACAGGUUGGGCGCGAGCGCCGACAGCACGCGUGAGUUCGUGAGCGACGUGAUCGCUCACCAGGCCGAUUUGCGGUUCAUCACGAUGUCGGCGCAGAAGUUCGUCGACGAAGGGAAGGAAUACCUCAACAUCCUCAACGACUUCCGCACCACGCUGCCGUCUCGGCUGCCGCACGUCGAGCCGCUGUCGACGCAAGACUCGCCGGUGCGAAGCGAGGUGUCGCUGGUGACGCAACAGUACAGGGACCUGUUGCACCGCGCCAACAAUCUGGCCGAUCGGCUGUCUGGUGUCGGCGGACGCCAGCGGGAGAUGUCUGACGCCAUCGACAAAGCCAGGUCCUGGCUGAGAGAUGCUGAAACGAGGGCGAACCAUCUACUGAACGAACCAAUCGCUGGGGAUCCCAAGACGAUAGAAGAUCAGCUCAUCAAUGCCAAAACUCUGAAUAACGAGUUUGUGGCAAAUGGAAGGCUCAUUGAUAAUGCCAAACAGUGUGCUGGUGACUUACUAAGAUCGCUCGAAGGCCAAAUUUCUCCCUCGGAAAUGACCAAACUAGAAGAGCCCGUCAAGAACCUAGAAAACAAAUACAACCAACUAAGCAGCGCCAUAGCGAACAGGUGUCAAGAACUCGAUACUGCCUUGGUGCAAUCGCAAGGCGUCCAAGACGCCUUGGACAGCAUCAUAGACUGGUUGAACCAAGCCGAAAACCAGUUCAAAAACAUUCAGAAGCCAGCCUCGCUGUUGAAGGAGCGCCUAGAAGAACAGCUGCGUGAACACCGAGUGUUCCAGUCUGAUAUCGACACUCACAUAUCCUCAAUCGAUUCUAUUUACAUGUCCGCCAACGAACUGAUAGUUUCAACUAGCAAUGCCAGAGUGGCGAAAAAAAUUGAAGGCAAGCUGAACGACGUCAGGAACAGGUUCGAAAAGCUGUUCGAUAGAGCUCAAAAACGUGGCGUCUUUUUGGAGGAAACCAACCAAGACUUGACGGUAUUCAACAACCAAGCGACCAAGUUCGAAGACUGGUACAACAGCGUCAUGGAAAUCAUCGAAUCCAAAGACAUGGGAAAAUUCCCCGCUGAAGAGUACUCCAACCAGAUGAAGAAGAUAGCAGCCAACAGAGACGAUAACCGCCACAUGUACGAAGAAACCAUCAAGAUAGGCAAAGAGCUGCUCAACAAGAGAGACGUUACCGAUACCGCUAAUGUCAGGGACCGCGUCAAACUUCUAGAGAACCGCUGGAAAGAACUGGAGAGCUUGCUGGAAGAGAAAGCUCGACUUUCAAAACUCAGAGCCGAGCACUUCAAUUCCUACGAAAGCUUGAGAGUGCAAGUCAACGAUUGGCUGACCAAAACCGAAAACAGAGUCUCGCGACUGGACAUCGUCGCAGUACACCUGGAGACCCUCAAGCGCCAAAACGAAGAACUCAAGCCGAUCGCCAAAGACUACAAAGACUUCGCCAUCACCAUCGAUAAGAUCAACGACGUCGGUAGCAUGUACGAUAAUAUCCUACGAGGGGACAGACCAGAGUCGCCUUCCAGACGCAAAGUCUACAGUCCCAUCAAGAGAACCACGCCCACAUCCGGGCGACUCUCGUCCCAAGAUACCAGGUCACCUUCGCCCACCAAAAUGUCUCCCGGAGGAUCCAGCGGUUUCUCUUCGCGCAGAUCCAGCCAGGACGGUUUCCAUUUGGAGGAAAUGUCGCCGGUGCAACAGCAACUGUCAGAAAUUAACAACAGGUACUCGAUGCUCGGCGUCAAAAUCAACGAUAGGCAAUCGGAGAUCGAAUCGAUCCGCGAGGAAGUGAGAAAGCAGCUGGACAACCUGAGAAGUCUGAGCGCCUUCUUGGACAAGGUCCAACGGCAGCUGCCCAAGGACUCGGUGCCGAAUACCAAAGACGAGGCCGACAAGCUGAACAAGCAGAUCAAGCAAGUCUUGGAGGAGAUGUACGAGAAGCAGUCGCUGUUGGACUCUACGAAAAUGCAGGUCACGGACUUGUUGAAGCGCAAAGCCGGUGCCAUAGGAGCCGACAACCUCAACGACGAACUAGAAGACGUGGCUUCGCACUGGAAGAGCUUGAACGACCACCUCAAGACCAAAAUCAAGUUCAUGGAGAACAUGAAAGAGUUCCACGACACGCACGACUCGCUAGCUUCCUGGCUAUCUGCCAAAGAACGCAUGUUGACAGUUCUAGGACCCAUUUCCAGCGACUCUCGCAUGGUGCAGUCUCAGGUGCAACAAGUUCAGGUGCUGAGAGAGGAGUUCCGCACGCAGCAGCCGCAGCUGCAGCACUUCAUCCACAUCGGCGAUGACGUUCUUGGUUUUCUGGACGUCAAGUCUCCUGAUCACACGAAGAUCAACAACAAACUGACGGCGGUACAGCAGAAAUGGGCCGAUAUCCUGGGCAAGCUUGAAGAACGAGCAGACUCGCUGGGAGCAGCCGCAGACACUAGCAGAGAAUUUGAUGCGCAGCUUACCAGGCUUCGUGACGCCUUGCAAGGCAUUUCUGACAACCUAGACGACUUGCCUCUGGAUAAGGAUCCUGAAGAACAGCUGCGUAAGGUUGAGAACCUAGAGAGACAGUUGGAGGGUCAGAGACCACUGUUGGCCGACUUGGAAGCUAAUGGCGCUCAGCUCUGCGACGUUCUGAGCGAUCCUGCAUCUAGAGCCGACAUUCAAGCCAAGCUGGCUUCUGUAGGUCGUCAGUACAACGCCUUGCAAAGGAAACUGGACCACAAGAAGGCCGAAAUCGAAGGAUCGCUACGUGACGGUAGACAGUUCGAAGAAUCUUGCGCCAAAACGCUUGGAUGGCUGUCCGAAGAGCUGGGAUCCUUGACGGAAAAGUUCCUCAUCUCUGCUAACAAAGACGUCUUGGAGCAGCAGCUGUCGCAGCACGAACCUAUCUACAGGGACGUGCUUGCUAGGGAACACGAGGUUAUCAUGCUGCUGAAUAAGGGCAGAGAUAUUCUAAUCAGAAGCAACAAAGCGGAUACCAGGUCGUUGCAGAGAGACGUCGACAAGAUCAGCCAAAACUGGGAGAAACUACGCAAGGAAACGGUCGAUAGAUACACGCGGCUGCAAACCUGCAAAGAGCAUUGCCGGAAAUACUACAAGUCGCUAGAAAGCUUCCUGCCUUGGCUGAGGCAAGCAGAAGAUAAGCUGGAAACUUUCAGACCAUCUACGUUCCACCGCAAGCACAUUGAGAAACAACUAAAGGAGUUGCAGGCCUUCCGCAACGAGGUAUGGAAGAAAUCCGGGGAUUACGAGAGCACCAAGUCUCUGGGAGACACCUUCUUGUCUGCCUGCGAUAUCGACAAAGACGAUGUCAAGAACGAACUAGCCGAUCUCAAAGACAGGUGGGACAAGCUUAACAACGACUUGAUCUUGAAAACGCAAGCGCUUGAAGACCAAGCCAGAAAGCUAACUAACUUCAACGAGAACCUCAGAGAUUUGCAACACAGCUUGGAACGCUGCGAAGAUAGACUAGCCUCCCACGACGCUCUAGGUGGGGCAGCUAGAGACCCCAAACUGCUCGACAGAAUCAAAGCUCUCAGGGAAGAGACGCUGAAGCUGAAAAAACCGCUACAACUGGUCAGGCAGCAGGCUAACGACCUAAGCAACGAAGCUUUCGAAAGCGGGUUCGACGCUGGCUAUUUGGUGGACGAUGUCGACAGUCUAGGUGAUCGAAUCGACGAGCUGGCUAGCAAACUGGACGAUCGCUGCUCGGACUUGCAAUCGGCCGCUACGGCUGUCACGCAGUUCAACGAUCAAGUCAAGGGAAUUUCUCAGGAUCUGUCUGCUCUAGAGUCCGAAUUGGAUCACAUGAAACCUGCUGGUCGCGAUAUGAAGACCGUUCGCGAGCAAAUAGACGAAGUCAAUAGGUACCUCAGCAAACUGAACAAAGCUACCGACGAUCUGACAGAAGCUAUACACUCAGGAGAAAGGCUGGUCGAUAGCGGUUUCGCUCCUGAUACUGCCCAGACGAGGCAACAAGUCGAUAAUUUGAAGAAGCAGCUAGGAAAGCUAGAUGACCGCGCCCAUAACAGGGAGAAAGACCUGGAUAACACUCUCAAGAAACUAGAAGGCUUCUACUUGGCUCAAGCCAGCAUCCUUGACGAUAUUCAAGACGCUUCAGGCGAGUUACGUAAACUCAAACCUGUAGGCUCCGACAUAGACCAGAUCAGAGCACAACAGAAAGACUUCAAGAAAUUCAGGGAGGCCACUGUCGAGCCUUUGGGUAAAAACAUCGACGAAAUCAACAAAAUCGGGCAGGGGCUUAUCCAGUCUGCCGCCCCAGGAGUCAACACGGCUGCGCUCGAGAAAGACCUAGAAAAAAUGAACACGCUGUGGAACGAUCUCAAAGCGAGGAUCAACGAUCGCGAAAGGAAGCUGGACAUCGGCUUGCUGCAAUCCGGCAAAUUCCAGGAAGCCCUAGACGGCUUGGCCAAGUGGUUGACAGACACCGAAGACUUAGUGGCCAAUCAAAAGCCGCCAUCUGCCGACUACAAAGUGGUCAAGGCUCAGUUGCAGGAGCAAAAGUUCCUGAAGAAGAUGUUGUUGGACCGUCAAGGUUCCAUGUCGUCUCUCUUCAGCAUGGGCAACGAUAUUGCCAAAGAGGCCGAUCCAUCUGAACGCAAAGCCAUCGAAAAACAAUUGAAAGAGCUCAUCGGGCGCUUCGACGCUUUGUCAGAAGGUGCUCAGCAACGCACCAUGGACCUGGAACAAGCAAUGAGGGUAGCAAAGUCCUACCAAGAUAAAUUGGUGCCCUUGCAAGAAUGGUUGGACUAUUCCGAGAAGAAAAUCAAAGACAUGGAGAUCGUCCCAACUGAUGAGGAGAAGAUUCAGCAGAGGAUACGGGAGCACGGAGUGCUCCAUAACGACAUCCUCAACAAGAAACCUGAUUUCAGAGAGCUGACGGAAAUAGCAUCGAACCUCAUGUCACUGGUUGGUGAAGACGAAGCUUCAGGACUAGCAGACAACCUACAAGCAGUUACUGACAGAUACGGUGACUUGGUGGAAGCCAGCGAAAACCUAGGACAGCUGUUGACUGCUUCGCGUCAAGGCCUCAGGCAUCUCGUGCUCACCUAUCAAGACCUCGCAGCCUGGAUGGACCAAAUGGAGCAAAGACUGGCUCGCUACAAGGUGCUAGCCGUUCACAACGACAAGCUGCUGGAGCAGAUGGACGACCUCACGAACCUCUCAGAGGACAUCGCUGGUCGUCAGAAUGACGUAGACGGUACCGUAGACGCGGGAGUAGAACUCAUGAGGCACAUCUCUUCCGACGAGGCUUUACAGCUCAAAGACAAGCUCGAUUCGCUGCAGCGCAGGUACAAUGACUUGACCACCAGAGCGGCAGACUUGCUCAAACACGCCGAAACUAUGCUUCCGCUGGUGCAAAAGUUCCACGACAACCACAACAGACUAGUAGAGUGGAUGCAAGGCGCUGAAUCCAUCUUACAGUCCGCAGAUCCUCACGAGGGCGACAUCGCCCGAUUAGAAAUCGAUCUGCAAGAGUUGAGGCCGGUGCUGGAGACGAUCAACGUGUUGGGGCCUCAGCUGUGCCAAGCUAGCCCCGGAGAGGGCGCUUCUACCAUCGAAGGCUUAGUAACGAGGGACAAUAGGAGAUUCGACGCUAUCGCAGAGCAAAUACAAAGACGGGCGGAGAGGAUCCAUCUGGGCAAACAACGAGCUCUAGAAGUCACAGGGGACAUCGACGAGUUGCUAGAAUGGUUCAGAGAGGUGGAUGGGCAGCUGAGAGAUGCCGAAAAACCAUCCGCCGAGCCGGAUUUGAUCAGGAUACAGCUCAAAGAACACAAAGCUCUCAACGACGACAUCUCAAGCCAGAAGGGAAGAGUCAGAGACGUUCUCUCUACCGCCAAGAAAGUCCUCAGGGAAUCUCCGCCUAGCGAGGACACCUCCAUCAUCAGAGAAAAGAUGGACGACUUGCGAGAGACCAUGGACACGGUAUCUGGCCUGAGCUCUGACAGGUUGGGCGUGCUAGAACAAGCCCUUCCGCUAGCAGAACACUUCCACGACACGCACAACGUUUUGGUCGCUUGGUUGGCAGACAUGGAGGAUCAAGUCCACAUGCUCACAAUGCCCGCACUGAGACCAGAUCUUAUCGCGCAGCAGCAGGACAGGAACGAGAUGUUCCUACAAGCCAUCAACGAGCACAAGCCUCUAGUCGACAAGCUGAACAAGACCGGCGAAGCUCUGAUUCAUCUCUGCAACGAAGAUGAUGGCGGUAAGGUGCAAGAGCUCUUGGACAGCGACAAUGCGAGGUACGGGGAACUGAAGCAGGCGCUGCGCGAGCGCCAGCAAGCCUUAGAGCAAGCCUUGCAAGAGAGCUCCAAGUUCUCUGACAAACUAGAAGGCAUGCUGCGUGCGCUAUCCAACACCGCGGAUCAAGUCAACCACCAAGAACCCAUUUCGGCGCACAUCCCGAAAAUCAAAGACCAGAUCGAGGACAACGACAACCUAGCCGGCGAUCUGGACAAGCGCAAGGAAGCCUACGCGGCUGUCCGCCGCGCUGCCGACGACGUCAUCAACAAAGCCGGCAACCGCGCCGACCCAGCCAUUAAAGACAUCAAGCACAAGCUCGACAAGCUCAAAAACCUGUGGGAUGACGUGCAGAAAGCGACGCACGACCGCGGCAAGUCCUUGGAGGAGGCCCUGGAAGCUGCCAAGAAGUUCUGGAAGGAGCUGCACGCCAUCAUGGUCACUCUGAAGGACAUCGAGGACUCGCUGGCUAGUCAGGAAGCGCCCGCUGUGGAACCGAAGGCCAUCCAGGAGCAGCAGGUGGCGCUGCAAGAGAUCAGGCAGGAGAUCGACCAGACCAAGCCGGAUGUGGAGAAGGUGAGAAGUUCCGGAGAGAAGCUGAUGAAGCUGUGCGGUGAGCCGGACAAGCCGGAGGUGAAGAAGCACAUAGAAGAUUUGGAUAACGCCUGGGACAACAUCACCGCUCUGUAUGCCAAGCGAGAGGAGAAUCUUAUCGAUGCCAUGGAGAAGGCGAUGGAAUUCCACGAAACUUUGCAGAAUCUGCUCGAGUUUUUGACCAAGGCUGAAAAGAAGUUCGGCAAACUUGGACCGCUUGGGACUGACAUCGAUGCUGUCAAGAAACAGAUUGACCAACUGAAAACGUUCAAGGCCGAAGUUGAUCCUCACAUGGUCAAAGUUGAAGCUUUGAAUAGGCAAGCCCAAGAACUGACCGAACGUACCUCUUCCGACCAAGCGUCCGCCAUCAAGGAGCCCUUGACGUCUGUCAACAAGCGCUGGGACGACCUGUUGCGCGGCAUAGUCGAAAGACAGCGCCAACUCGAGAACGCCCUCUUGCGACUCGGCCAGUUCCAACACGCUCUGAACGAGUUGUUGGUGUGGAUCGGCAAGACCGACGCCACGUUGGACGAGUUGAAACCGGUCGCCGGGGAUCCGCAGAUCCUCGAGAUCGAGCUGGCCAAGCUGAAGGUGCUGGUGAAUGAUAUCCAGGCGCACCAGACCAGCGUGGAUACGUUGAAUGAUGCCGGCCGGCAGAUCAUCGAGAGCGGAAAAACCGAUGAAGCGAGCGCAACCCUAGAAAAACUGAACACCCUGAACACGGAAUGGCGCGCUCUCAUGCAGAAAGCAGCAGACAGACAACGAGAGCUAGAAGACGCUCUCAACGACGCUCAAAGAUUCAACGCCGAGAUCCAAGACCUCUUAGCCUGGCUGGGAGACGUCGACAGCAUAUUGACAGCCAGCAAACCCGUCGGAGGCCUACCGGAAACCGCCUCCGAACAAUUGGAGCGUUUCAUGGAAAUCUACAACGAAAUCGAAGACAACAAACCCAAAGUGGAAACGGUGCUCGCCCAGGGACAGGAGUACCUGAAGAAAGCCGCCACCCCCGCUUCUAACCUGCAACACAACCUGCGCACCUUGAAGCAGCGCUGGGACCACGUGACGGCCAGAGCCAACGACAAAAAGAUCAAGCUGGAGAUCGCGUUGAAAGAAGCCACCGAAUUCCACGAAUCCCUGCAAGCUUUCGUCGAUUGGCUCACCAACGCCGAAAAAAUUCUCUCUAAUUUGCAACCGGUGUCACGUGUGCUGGACACUAUUCGCGACCAGAUAGAGGAGCACAAGAUCUUCCAGAAGGACGUCAGUGCACACAGAGAAAUCAUGCUGGCGCUGGACAAGAAGGGGACUCACUUGAAGUACUUCAGCCAGAAGCAGGACGUCAUUUUGAUCAAGAAUCUGCUCAUCAGCGUGCAACACCGAUGGGAGAGAGUCGCCUCCAAGUCUGCAGAGCGCACUAGGGCUUUGGACUUGGGCUACAAGGAAGCCAAAGAGUUCCAUGAUGCUUGGUCGAGCCUCAUGAAUUGGCUGGACGAUACUGAGCACUCUCUAGAUGAAUUUCUAGCGGAAACCAUCGGAAAUGAUCCGGACAAGAUCAAGAGUCGGCUAGCCAAGCACCAGGAGUUCCAGAAAGCUUUGUCCGGCAAGCAGGGCAGCUACGACGGCGUCAUGAAAUCAGGGAAACAAUUGAAGGAUAAGGCCCCCAAAACGGACGAGCCCACCAUCAAGCACAUGCUCACGGAGCUGAAGAGCAAAUGGAACUCGGUGUGCCACAAGAGCGUGGAGAGACAAAGGAAACUGGAAGAAGCGCUGCUCUAUUCGGGCCAGUUCAAGGACGCCAUGGCCGCCUUGGUGCAAUGGCUGCGCAAGGCCGAAAAAGACUUGGCACUGGACAGCCCCUUGCACGGAGAUCUGGACACUGUCAACCACCUGGUGGAUGUGCACAGGCAGUUCGAGAAGGAGCUUGAAAAGCGCAACGAUCAAAUGGAGUCUGUGAUGAGAAACGGUCAAGAGCUGGAGAGAUCUGCUAACAGAACGGACGCCAUACAGAUCAGAGCGGAGUUGAACGAACUGACCGAGCUGUGGGAGACCGUCACAGGUCUGACCAAGGCCAAAUCCGACCGAUUGAGGGACGCUCUGAAAGACGCCGAACGUCUGCACAGAUCCGUCAAUAUGAUCCUGGAUUGGUUGGCCGAAGCUGAGAGCAAGCUGCGCUUCGCGGGUAACGCGCCCGAAGACGAAGCCGCAGCCUACGAGCAGCUGCGAGCCUUGGACAGCUUCAGAGCGCAGCUGGGCGAGAAGGAGCUGGAAAAGGACCAGACUUUGGAACUAGCGCACAACAUCCUGGCCAAGGCCCACAUGGACUCGAUCAACGUGAUCAAGAACUGGAUCAAGAUCAUCCAGUCUAGAUGGGAGGAGGUAUCUCAGUGGGCGCUGCAGCGACACCAGAAGCUGUCGCAGCACGUGCAAUCGCUGCGGGACAUGGACGAGUCGCUGGAAGAGCUGAUCCAGUGGCUGCUGGGGUUGGAGAACACCCUGGUGGAUCUGAAGAGGGAGGAGUUGCCCAUGGAGGUACCUGCGACCGAAAGGCUCAUUGCUGAUCACAAGGAGCUGAUGGAGAACACGCAGAAGAGGCAAGGGGAGGUGGACAGGGUGUGCAAGGCUAAGCAGGUGAAGGCCGUGCAAGGGGUCAAGGAUUCGAAGAAGUUCGUCAAAGGGAAGGGGCAGAUCCGUGUCAGCCCAGGACGAGAAUACAGUCCGGAUCCGCAAUUACCCCACAUCGGACCCAGAUUCCCACCAUCCGGAAGCGAACCGGAGUUCCGAACGCCACGCGUCAAGUUCCUCUACGACAAGUGGCGCCACGUGUGGAUGCUCUCUUGGGAGCGGCAACGCGAACUUCACGACCAUCUCGCCUACUUGAAGGAGAAGGAGAAGGCCGACAACUUCUCGUGGGACGACUGGCGCAAACGCUUCCUCAAGUUCAUGAACUACAAGAAGUCCAGGUUGACCGACCUGUUCCGCAAGAUGGACAAGGACAACAACGAGCUGAUACCCAGGGACGAUUUCAUCGAGGGAAUCAUCAAGACCAAAUUCGACACUUCGCGGUUGGAGAUGAAACACGUUGCCGACAUGUUCGACGAGCACAAUCGUGGCUUGAUCGACUGGAAGAAGUUCAUCGCGGCUUUGAGGCCCGACUGGGAGGAGAAGGCGCCCGACAACGAUGCGCAGAAGAUCCACGACGAGGUGAAGCGGCUGGUGAUGCUGUGCACGUGCCGGCAGAAGUUCAGGGUGUUCCAGGUUGGCGAGGGCAAGUACAGGUUUGGAGAAAGUCAAAAACUCCGACUUGUUCGUAUCCUUCGCAGUACUGUUAUGGUACGUGUCGGCGGAGGCUGGGUAGCUCUAGACGAGUUCCUAGUCAAAAAUGACCCCUGCAGAGCCAAGGGACGCACGAACAUCGAGCUGCGCGAGCAGUUCAUCCUGGCCGACGGCGUCUCGCAAACGAUGACGGCGUUCAGACCGCGCACGGCCGCCUCCAGUCCCGCCUCCGGGUCUUCGGCGUCUUCGCUGCGCGCCGCUACGCCGGGGCCAAUUUACAAGGUACCUGUUGUCGCGUUCUCGCACCGAAAAGCACGCCCCCCCCACGAACACCUAGCCGAGCUGAUGCCGAUUUUCGACGAAAUAAGGGCGCGAGGCGAUUGCGGCAAUGCGUACCCUUUGCACGUCGGUUCCACUGCCGGUCCUACCCUGCACAUGGCCCACGUCAAUCCCAACACCUGCUAUUGGGUCCGCGAACGCACCCAGCGCUCCGUCCCGAUGUCGGCCGGCCAAUCGCGAACGUCCAAGGCGGCCGGCACGCCCGACUCGCUGUCGGACAACGAGAGCUCCGGCCCGCGCACGCCCAGGAAGCCGACGUACAGGUCGACGCUGACGCCGGGCGGGUCGCGGGGCAACUCGCGGCCCGCUUCGAGGACGGGCAGUCGGCCGGGCAGCAAGCCGCCCUCGCGGCACGGAUCGAACUUGUCGUUGGAUAGCACAGUAUGUCAAGCGCCUUUCCAUCGAGAGUGCGCUCGGCUGGAGCCCACGACACUAAAAGGCGAUGUCUCCGCGACCUGGACAUGUCCAAAGUGCACCAACUCUUCACCGCUGAAUACGACCAAUUUUAAUGCGCUAAUGGCACAAUUAGCCACUGUCUCGAACGGAAUCAGCUCAUGCAAUGAUAAAAUAGAAGAGCUCAACAAAACUAUAAUGAUACAAGCCUCUUCCAUAGCAACCUGCGUAUCGGAUAUAUCAAAUCUGCGCGAGGAAAAUGCCAUUCUGAAAGACAAAAUUAGUACUCUCGAGCAUAAACUAGAUAACAAAGCCAUCAAUGUCUCAAUUGACGAGUUUCACGUUGAAACGAGUGAGCGAUUGAGGCGCGAGAAAAAUGUGAUUAUCUUAGAUGAUGCUACCCCUUCGAGGAUACCGAGGCGGACGCCCCUGUCCGGAAGGACUGCCACCACAGCCUCCUCUACCAGAAAACCGAUCAACGGGUCUGGUUCUAGACCGCGCACGCCCACUGGGCUGAUUUCUCCUGCUAGUCCUGCCACAAGGACCAGAACACCAUCUGGCUCAAACACUCCCGUCCACCCUGAUCAGCCGACGGCCGUCUCCAAAUUGCUGAGACGUCCCUCAGGGGCCUCAGAAACGCCGACAGGUCAGGCCCGCAAGAAACACUCGUCGCUGUCCGACCGGGAGCCCUUCAGGCUGUAAUAACCCUACUUAUUCCGAAUACCUAAAACGACUGACACCAACCACUAUGUUAUAUGUAUAGCUUGUGCAUAUAAGAGAGAUAGAGCGAGGAAAUUUGUUCAUAUUUUUGUAUAAAUGUAUUUAUUGGGUCCUUUUAGGAUUUUCAAGUCGAACCACGCAUGCGUGUUGUUGAGUCAAUGAAAAAAAGGAGAAACUUUCAUUGUGACUGGAGCCCACUUCGUUUUUUCAACUUGUAAAUUAGUUGCCAUAUAACAAAAUCGAAAUCGAUAUUUUUUUAUUUAUUGUGAUUGGAUGUGUUUUUUUUUCUUCCGAUUUGAUUGUUCAUUUACAGAAUGUAUCUGUAUUUCGUGGCAAGAGGGACCAUUAUUUUUAUUUCAUUAUUUAGGUUUUACUAAUUCGUCUAACGUGCUUUACAAGAAAUAUUAUACCUACUGUUACGAUGUUAUUACCAUUUUUUAAUGCAUCUAUUUGCUAGGCUUUUUGGUACUUCUAGCAUAAUGAAAUGAGUGUGAUUACCAUUGUUGGAGGUCUGCUUUUCGUAAUCGCCAGUAUGGAAAGUAGACUGAAAAUAACUUAUUUAUGUAUUGCUUUUGUAUUAUUUAACUAUUAUAAUUAUUGUUAUUGAAUAAAAACUAAAUUUGAUUAAUAACAAUU